CAGUUGAGCUGCCUGAAGUUGCAGUCUUACCAAAGUCGAUCGAAGUUGAAGCGCUUCUGAGUUUUCUUGUGGUGUUGGAAGAGAAAAGUUCACUUUUCACCGUGAAAUACUGCAAAUAUCCCGUCAAUUUUGGUCCUAGAAUAACCAUAAAUUGCUGGAGAAAAUGCACGAAAUGGUGUAUUUAGGCCAAAUAGCUGAGUAUGUGGCAAUAUUUGUGUGAUUUGUGGAUGAAUUCUUUUUUUGUGUAAUACCCAAAACAAAAAUGUCGUCAAAGUAGGUGCAAUUUUUUUCCGUGUUUGACAAAUUUUUCAGAAGAAGUUUUUUGUUUUUCUGUUUUUCACUUGGUGAGAAGGAAAAAGGCAUCAAUCGGGGAAGGUAUUUUGGGUAAUCUGCUGGUGCACAGAAAACCAAAUUUCCCGCAGAAAUCUGGAAAAUUUUAGCUAAUUUCAAGUGAUUUUGGUGCAUUUUUUGCAAAGUGAAAAGUAUAAAGAGCCAAAGUGUAGAGAAAAUUGCAUUUUUCCCAGUGAAAUCUACCAACAGUCACAAUUUCGGAUAACAGCGAAGCUAUAGGAUCAAUUCAGGAACUUGCAGAGGAGUCUUCUGCCAACAUGGUGAAGCGCACCGACGGUACAGAGUCUCCAAUUUUGGCGGAAAGUGAUUCGGAUAAGCCAAAAGUCAAAUAUGGAGAAUUAGUUAUAUUAGGAUACAAUGGCUUCCUGCCACAAGGUGAUCGGGGGCGACGUCGAUCGAAAUUUGUCUUGUACAAGAGAGCAGAUCCAAAUGGUGUUAAACGUUCCAAGCACUAUAUCGUUCAAUCUCCACAGACAUCACAGGCCAUCCUGGAUGCCAAACAACACUCGAUCUCCUACACAUUAUCCCGAAAUCAGGCGGUUAUUGUGGAAUACAAAGAAGAUCCAAACACUGAUAUGUUUCAGGUUGGAAGAUCAUCAGAAUCUCCAAUUGAUUUUGUUGUAAUGGACACCCUUCCCGGUGAUAAGAAGGAUGCUAAGGUGAUGCAAAGUACAAUAUCGAGAUUCGCAUGUAGAAUUCUUGUAGAUCGAACAGAAACAACAAAGGCAAGAAUAUAUGCAGCUGGAUUCGAUUCUAGCCGAAAUAUUUUCUUAGGGGAGAAAGCGACAAAGUGGCAAGACAAUGUUGAGAUUGAUGGUCUGACGACAAAUGGUGUCUUAAUAAUGCAUCCUGAGGGCCAAUUUUGUGGUGGAAAUGCCAAAUGUGGUCUGUGGCGUGAGUGUUCAGUGGGAGGAGAUGUGUUCAGUUUGCGUGAAUCGCGAUCGGCCCAACAGAAGGGUGUUCCUGUGUUCGAUGAGUCCAAUAUACUUCAGGAUGGGACUCUAAUUGAUUUAUGCGGUGCUACUCUGCUGUGGCGAUCGGCCGAAGGACUCCACAAUUCACCAACCAAAAGAGACCUCGAAAAAUUAGUGGAUGAAAUCAAUGCUGGACGUCCACAGUGUCCGGUUGGCCUCAACACAUUAGUAAUUCCACGGAAGGUUACUCUUGGUGAACAUGUAAACCAGCCCUACGUGUAUUUAAAUUGUGGCCAUGUCCAAGGACAUCAUGAUUGGGGUCAGGACAAAAGUACCGGAGCCAGACGGUGUCCGAUGUGCCUGGAAAUGGGACCCGUUGUGACACUCUGUAUGGGAAUUGAACCUGCCUUCUACGUUGACUCUGGACCACCAACUUAUGCAUUUAAUCCAUGUGGUCACAUGGCGACAGAGAAGACAGUCAAAUACUGGGCCAAUGUGGAUAUUCCUCAUGGCACAAAUGGUUUCCAAGCAGUUUGCCCAUUCUGUGCUACGCCUCUAGUCGGAACUCCGGGCUAUAUCAAAUUAAUUUUCCAAGAUAAUCUCGAUUGAAGCAAAUGAGUAUGUUGAUCGGUUGACUAUUUCUUUACAAAAUGCUUCACACAAAAAAAAAACUGUUUCAAUGGAUUUUUGUGGGCGUCUUGGGAGAAAUUGAGAGGGUCUGAUCAGAGGAAUGAUAUAUAGAAAAA